CAGCUCUUCUUUAGAUCUGAAAGCACACUCUGCUGCUCGGAGUGUAACCUCAGUUUAUAUUUGGCUUAAAGGAGACGUAACAAAGCGCACAAAAUGGCUGCGCUAAAGGCCUGGACGAAUAAGUAGGUUUACUAUAGCUUUAAGAACGCAAAAUAGGGUCUGCUUCUUUAAAAAACUAUAUUGGUUUAUAACUGAAUAGAUAAUUAAGUAAAGUUCUUAUUUUCUAAUUUACGAAUUAGUCCUUAUAAUUGCCGACAAAUCAUGCAUUCGUAGAAAAUGAGGCACAGUUGGAUAAAGGCCUCUUGCGACCAAAACGCUCUUAAAACAAACACGGACGACUUCUGAGAGUGCAAGUAAACCCGCUCGACUUUUGUGAUUCAUUGGCUGAACUGAAUAGUCCUCACUGUGAUGGAAGCAGUCAGUGAGCGAACAGAGGAUGUAAAUACAGGAGAAGUGUCUGCGGAGGACAAGGCCACAGAGCAGACCUCGGACCAUGGUAAGAGCACGACACCGCGCAGGGGGCUUCGACAGCGGGGAGUGGGGCGCCCGAGACCCGGCGUCUCCGCACCAGCCACGGAUGUAAAUGGGGCGUCUCUGAGCCCGCAAAGCUCAGGACGGGUGCUGCGUGAUCGGUCAACGAGGACUGUGCCGGCGUGGCUGAAAGAGGCGAAAAGUGAGGAUGAAAAUGAAGAAGAGUUGGACACUGAUGCUGCGGCACUCAAGAGGCGCAAAGUUUCAAAUGGCAAACGAAAAAAGCAGCCUGAUGGUGGACAAGAAGCAGGCGCAGGGAUCACUGGUGACAUACUGCAGACAACAGAGUCACAUGAUCAGAAAAGCCUUACAGAUGCAGAAGCACUUCCUUCAAAGAAACUUUCAACUCAGAGCCGUGCCAAGCCUACAUCUGGCCGGGCUACUCGGGGCCCUGCUAAACCAGUGUGCAAGACUGAGCCCUCAGCUGAAAGUCCUGUUGUGGAUGAAGAAACGAAUAAGAAGUUUGAAAUUAAGAAGAAAGAAGAAGGAGAUGACCUCAGUGAAGAUGUACUAGAUGUAGAGCCACAGUUUCAGGAUUUGACAAAUAUCAGUAGUGCAGAAGAGGAAGAAGACGAGAGCAGUGAAGAAGAUGUUCCCUUCAGAGAUGACCUAAAUGACCAGAGCUAUGAUCCAAAAGGAGAAAAGGAAGGCCCUAAACCAAAGCGUCGGCUUCCUCCGAGACAAAGAGAAAAGCGAGAAAAAGAAACUGAUAAACAUCCCAAAGCAGAGAAAGAAAUAAAAAAGGAGGGAACAGAUCUGGAAAGUUUGGAAAGUGCAGAGGAGGAGGUUAAAGCUGAAGAAAAACAUGUUGAGGAGACAGGAGGCCCCAGGAAGAGAGGCAGAAGGAAAAAAGAUGACAAAACUCCACGCCUGCCAAAGCGAAGGAAAAAGCCUCCAGUUCAGUAUGUACGCUGUGAGAUGGAGGGCUGUGGCACAGUCUUGGCACAUCCUCGUUACCUACAGCACCAUAUUAAAUACCAGCAUUUGUUAAAGAAGAAGUACGUGUGUCCGCACCCAUCGUGUGGAAGGUUGUUCAGACUACAGAAGCAGCUGCUGCGUCAUGCCAAGCAUCACACUGAUCAGAGAGACUACAUCUGUGAGUACUGCGCUCGCGCCUUUAAGAGCUCCCACAACCUCGCUGUGCAUCGCAUGAUCCACACAGGAGAGAAACCUCUACAGUGUGAGAUCUGUGGCUUUACUUGCCGGCAAAAAGCUUCACUAAACUGGCACAUGAAAAAGCAUGAUGCUGAUGCUACUUACCAGUUUUCCUGUUCCAUUUGUGGCAAGAAAUUUGAGAAGAAGGACUGUGUUGUGGCCCACAAGGCUAAAAGCCAUCCAGAAGUUCUAAUAGCAGAGGCACUUGCAGCCAAUGCUGGAGCACUUAUCACCACCCCAGCAUCAUUACUGGAGCUGCAGGGCAUCCCUGUGCCCACAGAGCUUGGCAGUCUGGAGGUGGGUCAGAUUGUGCCUGAGAGUCAGGCUCCAGCGGUAACCCAGGUGGAGCAUAUGACCCAACCAGUGGGUCAUCAGGUGGUGUUACUGGGUCAGGACCAGAGCCUACAUACCAUGCAGGUGCCUGUAACUAUUGCACUGUCUCCCAUUGACCCCCCUUCACCCGCUGACCAGACUCACCUCCAGCUCCAGAUGCCUGUGCAGUUUGUGCAGGGCCCUCAGCAGCUGGCCCCUUCCCCCAGUACAGUGGUCACUCAGCAGCCCCCUCUGCAGCCGUACUCCUCUCAGCAGCAGAGCACAGGGCAGCCCCACAUCCUUCAGAUGACCUUCCAGCCUGUGAGCCAGCUUCACCUGCAAACCUCCAGCCCAGCUCUCGUGUCUUCCGCCCAGUCACAGGCUCCAGCCUCCUCUAAUGGGGAGAGCUUUGUUCUUGACAAUCAAGUGAUGUCUUCCACCACUCCCAACAGCAGCUGCCUCCAGCAGACAGAGGCGCGUGAGGACAGUGUUGUGUGGGAACAACAAGAAACAAGCUCUGAUGUGAAGCAAGGAUGGUGCACACGAACAGAAAACAGAAGCUAAUUAUAUGAAUAAUAAUAAUGAGAAUAAUAAUAAUGGCCUAAACACUGUAUUUAACUGCCUAAGAUAAGUGUAGAAGCACCAAUAUAGUAACAUGUACUGUUUAUUCUACUUUAGAUACCUUUGGUAGCUUUUUAGAUUUUCUGUAUCAGGGAAAGUAUGUGCAAGUUGUUGCAUUUGUACAUAAGUCAUGUUAACACAAGUUAUGUGUGUAAGAAAUAUGUUACAGUGCUGGUAAUACAAUAGUCACCGUGUCCUAAGUAAACUAUUUAAUCUGGAGUGAGACGCUCAAGGUUUCCAUCAAAAUUAAAUGUUUAUGCACAAUUUUUUUUAUAAAUACAAUUAGAUUAACAUAGCAAAACAUACUUAUGUAACAUAAAACGUGUGCUGCUGUUAAGUCUUUACAAUUAAUACAUGUUAAAAUUGACAUCGUAUUGCUACUACACAGUUGUAAAUGUUAGAAAUUCUUAGAUACAAACUACACAUUUAGCUGUCACAUAAAUGUAGAAAUCUUAAAUAGGUCUAAAGUAGAACUGCACCUCUGUAACAGCGUGGUAGAAAGGACACUCAACUGUUGAUUUGUAUGUUGUAAAUAAAUGUCUUAACACCC